AUGUCGCAAGAAAAUUCAGCAGAUGUUUAUGUGAAUUUCUAUCGAGGAAUUUUUCUACUUCAUGAGACACUUCGGUCAGGAAUGGACCAAAUUCUGAACAAUGCGCCAAAUGUUUGCAAGACCGAUGUCCGCAAUUUUAUUGGCUAUAUUAAUGCUUUCAUCAGUCAUCUCAUGUCUCACCACGGCCACGAAGAGCACAUAAUCUUUCCAGCGGUCACUCAGAAAAUAUCCGUAAACGAGUUCAUAGAGGAUCACAAAAAACUCGAUAAAUUAGUACACAGCUUGUCUGAUUAUACGAAAAAGGUUUCCGAGAAGAAAGUGUCCUACGAAUCUGCGAAAAUUGUUGAGCUCAUGACUCAAUUGAACGAUCUCGUUCGCCCACACUUAAAACAUGAAGAAACUUCUUUUUCGGUAGAAGCCCUGAGAGAAAACAUGACCAAGGAAGAACUGGAAAAAAUUACAAAUGAUAUAAACGACUCAAUUAAGAAGGAAGGUGGUGCAACCACGAUUCUUCCAUUUUUACUUCUGCACCUAGAACCAGAGGAUAGACAGUUCAUGGUCUAUGAUUCUAUGCCCAAACCUGUUAAAAGUCUCCUUCUUCCCGUAUUUAUCAAUUGGAACAAAGGCUAUUGGAAGUAUGCAAAAUAUCAGCGCAUAUAA